AUGGGCGGCGGCGGCAGCUCCGCCGGCCGCGAGGAGGGCCCCCAGCAGCUGGCGCUGCUGCUGCGGGAGUGGAAGGCCCAUCCAGGCCUGGCGUGCGGCCAUGGGCCCCGGCGGUGGCACCGCCAGCCGCGAGGACAGCGCCCCACGGCUCGGGCCUGGCCUGAAGACGUACGUCAUCAACUUGGCCCGGCGGCCCGACCGCCUCCUGCACGUCCAGGGCCUCUGCGAGGAGCUGCAGCUGGACCUGACUACGAGCGGGUCGACGCCUGCGACGGGCUGGGGUUGGCAAGCCGCCCAGGCUCGCGCCUGGAGUACUGGUCGCCCAAAGGCAACACGCCGCUGCCCCCGCCGAAGGCGAAGGAGGCCGCGCGGGUCCCGAUGCCGCCCGCCCUGGAGGAGAGGCUGCCAUCAAGACCGGACUGA